AUGCCGGCCAAGAUGCCCAUCAGUUACCCCUCGGAUUCCGAGGUCAUUAUCGACUCUCGAGAUGCCGCCACGGAGUCGGGAUACGUGAGCGGCUCUUCCAGUGUAGACUAUAUCCCUGAGAUUGUCUUCACGAAGCCUCACCUCCAGUUUCUCAACCGCCAACUCCAGUUUCUCGAGCCCCAAGGUUCGUAUCAUGAUCAUUCCCCCACCCCGCUUGGCACAAAAUCUGACUCGGAGCCACCAGAUAUCCUGCGAUGGUGCAUCACCUCGCUCCCUCAUCUUUUCCAGACCACCGCCUUUGGGCUGACUGGACUCGUCACUCUGGACAUGCUCUCCAAGCUGGAUGUCCCACGGCCACAGAUGGUCGACCUCAUCUUCCUCGACACUCAGUAUCACUUCGCUGAGACUCUGGCACUAGUCGACCGUGUGCGGAAGAGGUAUCCCCUCAACAACGUGCAUGUCUACAAGCCCGCCGACGUCGAGAGUACCACUGAAUUCGAGGCCAAGUAUGGUUCUCGUCUUUGGGAGACUGACGACCAAUUGUACGACUGGGUCGCCAAGGUGGAACCCGCCCAGCGUGCCUACCGCGAAUUGAAUGUCCACGCCGUCCUCACCGGCCGCCGCCGCAGUCAGGGUGGCAAGCGUGGUGACCUUGACAUCAUCGAGGUCGACGAGGCCGGCCUGAUCAAGGUCAAUCCCUUUGCCAAUUGGUCCUUCGACCAGGUCAAACAGUACGUCACUGAACAUAACGUUCCGUAUAACGAGCUUCUGGACCGCGGCUACAAGAGCGUCGGCGACUGGCACUCGACCCAGCCUGUCUCUGAGACCGAGGACGAGCGUUCCGGUCGCUGGAAGGGCAAGCAAAAGUCCGAGUGCGGUAUUCACAACCCCCGCUCCAAGUACGCCAUGUAUCUUAUGGAGAUGGAGCGCAAGCGCCAGGAGGAGGCUUUGACGCAGGCAUUGCAGACACAGCUGUCGCCGGUAGCCCAGUGA